AUGGACGUGUUUCAACGAGAUCUCAAUGAAGCGUACAUGACAGGUCAACUACUAAAUGAGAAUGAAUCAACUCUACGUUAUAUUGACUAUACCAUCAUUGAGAAAGAAAUGCCAAUGACUGCUGCAAGUACUUUUUGGCUUGGCUAUCUUCGCGAUUGUAAGAUAGAUCAAUCAUUACCGCUGCCAUGUGAUAGACAACGAGUUCCUGGUGAAUGUCGAACCGGUCGUGGUACUCGGGUUUUUUUUAACUUCGGUCAAGAUCUUUCGCGAGCAUUUCUUGCUCAUGCGUCUGCAAGCAACACAAUACCCGAGUAUAUGGCUCUUGCUACUUAUUUCGUGUUCUUAUUCAAAUUGGCCAAUGGAGAAACGGAUUUGUGUAUUGGAAUAACUGCUGACGGUCGCUGAGAAGUUCUUCCACGGAAACUUAUCGAUCGACUUAAGCAGUAUAUCACGCCUAAAUGUCAUAUUUGGAAUUUAUAUGGUCCAGCUGAAAUAUGUCUAGGUUGCACAUAUCAUUUGGUAGACUUAUUGAAUAACACAACCACUAUACCCAUAGGUCGACCACUACCAUACUACCGAUGCUUAAUUUGGGAUGAAUUUGGAGAAAAUGUUUUCGUUGAACAAGAAGGUGAGCUUUUAGUUGGCGGUCUGGGUUUAUUUGCUGGUUAUCUGGGACGCAAUGAUUUGACAGCAAAAGUCUUGGUGGAAGUCGAAAAUGUUACAUACUAUCGUACAGGUGAUCUAGUUCGCAUGGAUAGCAGUGGUCUGAUUCAAUACAUGGGCCGUAAAGAUAAUCAAGUGAAACUGCACGGACAACGAAUUGAAGUGGAGGAAAUUGAGCAAUGUUUACUAGAUACACACAUUAUUGGUUGUGCAGUCAUUAAAUAUGGAGAUAAUUAUUUAGUGGCUUACGUUCAAGGAGCUAAUAUCGAUGAAGAAAAACUUCGCACCCAUUGCCGUACUCAUCUUCCGCCAUACAUGAUUCCUUCGAUGUUCAUACUGCUCGACCAACUACCUUUAAAUGCUAAUGGAAAAGUAGACCGAAAACAUCUUCCCGCUCCUGAUUUAUCGGCCAUGAAUGUUUCGAUGACAACUAAGUAUCAGCUUCCACGUACAGAAACAGAAAAACGAAUACACGACAUUUGGUGUAAAUUGCUAGCAAAAGAAGGUGAAGAUAUUUCAACUACAACAAGCUUUUACACAUCGAACCGUAUCUUCUUCAAGGACCUGUGCGAUGCCUAUAACGCAGAUAGGCCAUUACCAAUAAAUGAGCAUUCUUUGCAAUAUAUUGACUAUUCUGCACAUGAACGUCAAAUGGAUAUGUCAACAUCACGUAUUUUUUGGCACUCUGAAAUGGAAGGAUAUAACUUUGACUAUCAUUUGGCAUUACCAGUCGAUCGACACUGGUCAUCAACUGAUAAACGGUCGAAUAUGGCUUGGACUUUUCAUGUAUUGCUUGAUAAUCAUCUUUCAACUUCGUUUCUAGAAUAUGCCUCUUCACAUAACUUUACACCAUUUCAACUUGGUCUAGCUACAUUCUAUGCGUUUUUAUUCAAGCUAUGCAACAGACAAAGAGACCUAUGUGUGGCUUGCGUCAAUGCUAAUCGAUAUCGAACUGAAUUAGAAGACCUUGUUGGCAUGUUUGUUGCUACUCUUCCGUAUCGUCUGCAGCUUGAUCCUCAUAGAUCCUUCGAUGAACUUGUCGAACAAGUUCGAGAGAAAUGUUUGUCAAUUCUCGAGCAUUCUCAUUAUCCACUUCAAUACAUUGUAGCUCAAUUGAAUAAACCAGACUCGUCUAUGUCUUUCGUUAGAACGGUAUACGAUUUUACAACGGUUUCUGUGGAUGAUGAUCUCUCAGGUUUUCAUGACUUGGAAGUUGAACCUUUUCCAUUAGAAAAAUUGGACGCGGUGGCCAAGUUUGAUUUUAUGCUGGCAUUCUCUUAUAAUCCAUCAUCGGAAAAUGAAAUGUUAUCGUAUUCAUUGAUCUGCUCUCGUGAUCUAUUCGAUGAGACUACAGUUGCAAGAACAGCCCGAAGCUUUGAAUGCCUUCUUUCUCAACUCUUCUCAUCGAAUUCAAUUUUAGGUCCAGCGAAUCAAUCAAAAAUACCACUUACUAAACUAUCCCUUAUUCUACCAGAAGAACUUGCAGAGAUAGAAACUUUAACAUUUCAUCGGCUACUGAACUGCACCAAUGCAGGUAUUCUGUGUAGUGCUUCAUUUCGUAUUAUCUCAUGCCAUUAUCUAAACAAUGAGGAGUAUUUGGCAAAUGUAUAA